AUGUCAGGAUUAGCUUUGUCUGAAGAAUCUAAAGAGAGAAUCGUUAAGAUCUUGGAUACUACUACAACCGUUGUUCACUAUGGAUGGAUUCCAUUUGUUCUUUACGUUGGAUGGAUCUCUACCCCAAACAGACCAUCUUUAAUCAAGUACGUUUAUUUUCCGGUUUGA